AUGCACACUGUCUGUACUCUCAGUGUCCUUCUGGCCAGCGCAGUCUCUGCGUUGACCCUGAAUACUACCAAUAACGUCCCAACAGCUAUAACCAAGAAUGGAACCUACUACGGCACCCACACAUCCAAAUGGCACCAGGACUACUUCCAAGGCAUCCCAUACGCCCAGCCACCAGUAGGCAACCUCCGCUUCCGCGAUCCCCAGCCCCUAAACACAUCAUGGAGUGAGCCGCGAAACGCCACGGAAAUGGGCUACAUGUGCUAUGGCUACGGUCCCACACAGCAGGUGCUAGGAGAGUACGUAUCGGAAGACUGCCUGACUCUCAACAUCUACCGGGCAUCCAACGUGUCGGUCUCGAAAGAACCGCUUCCUGUCGUCGUGUACAUCCACGGCGGUCUCUUCAAGCAUGGAGGCUCGCGGGACCCGCGUCUCAACAUGACGUCCCUUGUCCAGGUUGGCGUGCAGAACGGACAGGAGUUUAUCGGCGUCACGCUGAACUACCGUCUUAGUUACUGGGGCUUUCUGUACGGGAACGAAGUCGCGCAGGAAGGCGCCGCGAAUCUGGGUCUGAAGGAUCAGAGACUCGCGCUUCGUUGGAUACGGGAAAAUAUCUACGCCUUUGGGGGGGAUCCGGACAGGGUUACCGUCUGGGGUCAGGAGGCGGGGGCGGCCAGUGUUGGGAUGCAGCUUGUUGCGUAUGGUGGGCGUGACGAGGGCCUGUUUCGCGCGGCGAUGAUGCAGAGUGGGAGUCCGACGCUCAUGUGGCCGUCUGUCGCGGCUGAUGAGUGGCAGCCGGUAUAUGAUGGCUUUGUCAAUGCGACCAACUGUACGGGUGGGGUUGAUACCCUUGCGUGUCUGCGGGGAGUGGACGCAGAUACCCUCUCCGCCGUCUUUGACAGUGAUAUCACGGCAUUCAACCGUCCUAACCCCGUUGUCGACGGGGACUUUCUCCAAGACUUAGGUUCAAGAGAGCUCAAUGCAGGACACUUUGUCAAGGUGCCCAUUCUCCUCGGCACGACCCAGGACGAGGGUACAUGGCAGUACUACGGCGUGGGGGGGAUCAACACAACAGCCCAAUUCAUGGAUAUGGUCGCCCAUGACGGGUUGAGCAAUGAAACCGCACAUAAAAUCGCACAGCUCUACCCUGAUGACCCAGCACAAGGCAUCCCAUCAACCCUAGACGGACGACCAGAAAAUAACACAGGACUGGGAUGGCAGUGGAAGCGCUCCAGCGCGUAUAACGGAGACAAGGUCAUGCAGGCCGGACGGCGACUGGCAAGCCAUGCAUGGGCGAAGCAUGGCGUCGACGUCUACACAUACAUCUACGACGUGCUCUUCCACGCGAAAUGGUGGGAGUACGGCGCACAGCAACAGGAUGACCUUGCAUUCUUCUUCCACAACGUUACGCUGUCCGAGUCACUUAGUCCUGAAGACCAGGCUGAUCAGAAGGAGACGUUUGAGCCAUUGAGCUAUUUGAUGAGUAGUAUGGUGAUUAGUUUUGUGAAUACUCUCAGCCCGAAUAACAUCCCGAAUGCAGUCAAUGGCACCAAAACGUGGCCCAGGUAUAGCCUGGAAGACCGCAGUGCUGUCGUGUUUGACGUCAAUGCCACUCGGCUGAUGCGAACUGAGACGGAUGACUUUCGGAGUGAGGCAAUUGCAUACUGGAUGGAUUUGUUUACCGAUGAGUAUCCGAAAUAGACACAUCUGUCUGAUGUAAAUAAACACAGAACCAUCAUAAUCGUCAAAUCUUCAGAGCCAGCAGGCAUUGAACAUCUCAAGCCGGAACAGUACUCAAAAGCGCCCCCAUCCCCUCUUCAGGCCUCCUCUUCCGAAUCAACAACCUCGCCGACUGAUCCGGAUACAUAUCCGAGUCGAUCGUAAAAUUCCUCGGCCGUGCCGACUCCCCAUCGCGGAACCGAAACUCAUAGCACACAAGCAUAUGCGCAAGCAUCAUCUUCAUCUCGUACGCGGCGUAGA